CACAGGAGCCGUCGACCGAGGGAGGCGGCAGAGAGAGAAGGAGGUUGAGGCUGCCGGUGGCGGCUCGCUCACUCGGGACUCCCCCUUGUCCCGCCAUGGCGGUGGACGUGAAGCGGCUGGAGGGCCUGAGCCUGCAACAACUGAACGAGCUGCUGGAGGACGAGGAGCAACUCCAGGGCAUGGCCCGGGAGAUGGAGGAGGCCCAAAAUGUUCAACUUAGCAAGGACAUGACUCUUGCCAGCAACCGUAGCCUUGCAGAGGGCAACCUCCUAUAUCAGCCAAAGCUGGAUGCGCUGAAGGCCACUCUGACACAAAAAUACCAGGAGCUACAGGUUCUUUUUGAAGCCUAUCAGAUAAAGAAAACCAAGCUAGAUAGACAAUCUAGUAAUGCUUCCUUGGAGACCCUGCUAGCUCUUCUUCAGACAGAAGGAGCUAAGAUAGAAGAAGACACUGAGAACAUGGCUGAGAAGUUUCUGGAUGGAGAAGUGCCGUUGGAUGCCUUCAUUGAUGAAUACCAGAGCCAAAGAAAACUGGCUCAUCUGCGGCGUGUAAAAAUUGAAAAACUUCAAGAGAUGGUGCUGAAGGGACAGAGAAUCCCCCAGGUGACACCUCAGCCAAGAGCCACAGAAACCCCUUCAGUGCUUCAGACUGUGGAGGUAAAUGCCCCUCCUUUGGUUAUGCCUCGCCGGAACCCGCCGCCACCUCCUCCAGCAUCGGUGGUCCCUGUGGGACGCUUUCCUACUCCGUUUACAGCUGCAAUCCAUGCUGGACCAGCCCUGCCCUAUCCAAGUGUUCCAUACCCUCCACUUCCUCCGCGAACAGGAGUUCCUCCUACAAAUCAAAUGCCACCACCAAGAUAUCCACCUCAGUUGGCAUCACAGUUCCCGCCAGCACUGCCUCAAAGACCAGCACCUCGCCUCCCACCAAACCCUGGCUUCAUCUUACAGUGAACAUGCCAUCAACCCCGGACUUGUGUAUUGGUGCUUUUCUUCUUAUUCUUUAACUCUGAGACUCAGCUGAAGAUAUGGCGAACCUCCAGUUCUUCGCACAUGAUUACCAAGUUUCGGUUCGCCACCAAUGAUGCAUCAACAUGUUUGAACAAUAUGACCAUAUUUUCCUUCUUGUAAAGAAUUAGCAUCUUGUAUGGAAGGUGGUUGGCAAUGGGCAGCUGAAUUUUCUCUCUGGUGAAAUGUUUCCAUUGUAAAUGGGGUCUUUAGAUUCUUUCAGGUGAUCUGGAAUGCCUGCCUUUCCCCAUGAGAUCUUGUUUCCUUUACUACUUGGAACACAGUGAAUUGCAAGACACUAAUUCCUCAAAAAACCUCCGUUCUGAUAUGCAAACACCAGCCAUUGCAGAUGUAUUCUGACUAUAAAACUUCAGUAGAAAACCUUUCUUUGAAACUGGCCGGCAGCCCAGGCCUCCUGGUGCUUGUGAUACAUGCUCUGAAAAUGAUUGUGUAGAUUCAAGUUCAGUGAGAUAACUGUGGCAUAAGUACCCGAUUGUGGGCGAGGGACAUCACUGCCAAUGCUAAUGUAAUACCUUUGGUUUCAGGGAGGUGGUGCCUGUGGCAGUGGGUCCCUGGACUGCUUGUUUCAAAUGGUGAAAAAUCAACUUUCCUCUUAAACUAACCAACCUCCAGAAAGUCUCAGGAUUACAGUGAAUGGAAAGUAUUUUUAAUGUUUUUGAAGAGUGGCUAAAGGACAUUCUUUGUGCCAUUUUGAGAACUUCCUGCAAUCUCCUCCUCCUGACUCCUGCCCACCCGUCUUUAUCAGCCCCCAUUAUUCUCUUGUUUGUGAUGUAGUGGCAUAGGAUCUGCCUCAGUUUUCUGUCUCAGAUUCCCCCACUACAGCCUGAAAGCAAGAGACUUUAAAAAAAAAUCCUAGCCCAUAAUUUCUUAGCUUCUCUCAUUUAUUCUUGAGAAAUCCUUUGAGAUUGGCCAGUUAUCAUUCCCAACUUCUGUAUUCCUGUCAUCUCCUGACCUUAGACACGGGCAGUCCCCAAUCUUCAGGAGUACAAAUCUGUGUGUGUUUACUUCCAAUCUGACUCCUCGAUGUGCCAGGAAAGAGCUCCUUUUCAAGCCUCUCCAUUCUUCCAAAAUUGGUUAGUUUUCUAAUAUUGCAACCUUUUAAAGAUCUUUCCAGUUUUUUCUCUUCUCUGUAUAAAUUCUGUCAGCUAGGAUUUUAAAAAAUAACUUUUAAGUCUAGUCCUGAACAGUUUUGUGAUUUGUACCAUUGCUACAUACUAUGCAAGCUUAAAAAAAAAAUUGCACAGGAGUUUCUUCAGAGGAUUUGGUAAAGUUAUUUUAGAGGAUCCACACUGCCAUUUCAUGCCAUGUUUUUAUUUGUGUGUUCAGGUUGUUGGGCAUUCAGAAGGGUUUUCGAAGGAUACGACUGUUUAAAUGCUGAUCCUGCAGGUCCUUAGAACAGACCAUCCAGGCCAGUUGCUGGAUGCAAAUUUUUGCUUGAUGCAAAUUUUUGCCACCUUCUGCAUAAAAUUGCCAGGUUAAUGAGAAGUGCCAACACAAUAGAGAACCCCUGAAGUGAGGCUUCAUAGGCAUUUCAGAAAUCAGUGUUCAGCCACAAGUCUGCAGAGUUCUUGCCUUCUACACACACCUGAGGAAUGUGAAUGAAAGUGAUCCCCCAGCUCGUCCUCCUUUUUCCUCCAAGUAGACUGGCUAGGAAAAUGAGUCUUUAGAAGCGUGACCGUUAAUUCUACGAAGGCUUUUAAAGCAGAGGUGCAAGAUGCAACAAUUGGGUGUGACGCCGGUGCGAGAAAGCUUGUGAGUUUGUGGAAGUGGGAAAGAAAUAAAAUUUCAGCCAGGCCUCGUUAACGGCACAUUGCUGUGGAAGGCCAUUUGUUGGUACAAGCAUUAAAAGCGUUGUAUGGGAAGGUGCUUUCGUGUGGCACAGUGUCCCAAAUUGUGGCAGGAAUACCUCCUCGAGGCAGCCUUGUUCUAUUAAAGUGUCAUCUCUUUAAAAACAUGGCGGUGGAGGCUAAUCCCAGUCGCAUUUGGGUGUAAGGAAACGGUGGAGAUAAACCUUUGUCGAUAUGACCAGAUUACUUCCUUUAAAGCCAUGCAGCCUCUCUCCUUUCAGGAGGCAGGAGUGAGAAAUGGGCAGCCAGGCUCUGGAGAAACGUGUUAACAAGGGCUGUGGUUUCCAAAGCUCAUGGAGUGCAAGUGUGAGCGUGUGAAGCUGUCGGAUCAGUGCAUAAAUUAUCAGUCUGCCUUAUUGCGUUAGUGUCGAAAUUUCAAAUGAACCUGUUUUUAACACAGUGCAUUCUUUAAUUUGUUAUAAUAACCACCCAUAGCUGCUAGCUUUCAGACACUCUGCUUUUUUCCUCUCCGCCACCCUACUUCUCCUAACCUGUUGCUGGCACGAUUUUUGUGACACAGAAGCUAAGCUUUCAUCCUUUCAUUGCAGCCCAAUGCCAUCUGUAUGGCACUUGCAACCUCUACUCCCUUCUUGAAAUUGCAGGGGUGAAAAAUACAGACCUCUUCGGCCUGAGGGCCCCUUUUUCUUGAAGCCAUAAUCUUUUGUGUUGGAGGAAAAUUUAAAACUAUUCACAAAUCGGACUUGGCGCGUCAUUUAGCUGCCAUUUCUCGGAGGCAAAUCCUUUGGAACGGGAUAUCCUCCGAUCUGGAGAUGGGACUCUGAAGCUGAGCUUGCCAAAACCAGGAGCUCUCGUGGCUUGUUGGAUCCCUGUGUGUGAAAUGAAUCCUCCCUCUUAAGGAAGCCUAGCUAGGAGCGGGGAAAGCUGGCCCUUCGAGACUCACGGACCGAUGAAACCUGCAUUAUUUCAGUACUUCAUAAUGGGACGUGAUUUCUUCUGUCCUUUCUUUCUCAAACAAAGAUGUUCCUUUAUUUGCUCACCAUUGUGCAUCCAUUACAGUUUGAUUCUGGCAUGGAGAACUGAGUUAUUUUGUCCUUAUGAUUUUCUGUGCUGCUAAUUGUACUCAGAGGUCAUGGCUUGAGUGAAGUGACUUUGCAAGGAUUUGGUUUCUACAAAGAACUGAGAUCUGUUUAUAAUUGCUCUUUCAAAUGGAUGAUUCUUGCAUGACUCGUCAAAGAUAUGCGGAUGAUCCCUCUGAGUCACUCCCGCCUUCAGAAACAUGUUUGGCUGAAUGAAUAAGGUGCAUGACUUGGCUAGAGGCAAAGCUAGCAGCAGCAGCCUUAAUGGGUCUUACGGCCAGUUACGGUGGACUUUUGCAAAGGUUUCAAAUGCAUUUAGGGAUGAGAAGAUUGCUUGAAAAAGCUGUCUUAUGGCUAAGGCUGCUUCUGGUGUUAUUUGUUAAAAGUGUUGUUAAAAAUUGUUUUGGACGCUCAGUAAAAGGUGAGCCAGUUGUGAUUGUGGCUCAUCCAACAUGAGCUAGUUAUGUAUGUUACUCAUUCAGCGUGACAAGAAGUCCGCCCAUCUCCUUUUCAAAAAAUGGCACUAACAUACCUAUCUUUUACUGUCCUUUCCGUUUCUAGCCCUGUGUGGUGCUAUAAUUUUAUCAGUUGUUCAGAAUCCUAAACAGGGGUAUCAAUGAUGUCUUCCUGCCCUUCUUGAAAAUACCUUUCAAAUCUCCUAGUCAUCUCCGCUGUCAUUUUUCUUUUCCUUUCAAGUAGUUCCCCAUCUCAAAAGAACUUCUGGGUCAGGCGUUAAAAUGGAAGUAGAAAGACUGGCCACCUAAGCCGGAUGCAGUACAGCAUGUGCAACCAAAUAUGAAGGGACUGGAUUUUCUCAGGGCUUCUCUAAAGAAUGCUGAGAAUUGUAGUCCAGAGAAACUGAUGGGGUGAGGGGAGCAACUUACAGAUUCCCAGGAUUCUUUGAGGUGCAAGUUUUAAACACCCCAAGUUCGUCAGGUAGAUGUUGCCUGUCCAGGGACAUUUUCAUGUGCCAGCCACCAGUCCAUACCCUCGGUUCUAAAAUAGCAUUUCAGGCAUACAGAUGGAAUCAGAAGGGCUCACCUGUGAAUUUUGCACAGCAUAUUUCUAUACUGUCUGGAAACUUUGGGAGGCUGAUACUGUCCAACUGUUUCUAUCAGGAAGUAAUCAAUCCAAAAAUAUUUUUACUAUUUUUUAAAUACUUUUUAAAAUAACAAAACUUUUGCAAUUGCUGAACCAUUCAGGGAUACAUCGUGUAGAAGAGAGCCACAUUACAAACAGCAAUUUUUCUAUCCAGAAGCAAUGCAUUAAUGGGGGGGGGGUGGCGGCAGAUGUGUGCCUUAGGAUUACAUGAGACUUGUUGAGAAGGGGUAGCUGUGUAUUGUAACUCAGUGGUUAUUCAGAGCUAUCAUUUCCUGUUCUGAAAGCUGCUCUCUAUUUUGGAGCAUUUGGACACAAACCCUGGGGCAGUGACUGCUGUUUAUUUGCCGCCAAGCAGUGAGGAAUUGGAACCACAGUUAGCAAAUGGCUUGUGGCGUGGUGAGCCUGAGUCGCCCCGUUCCAAGCCUGUUGCAUGGGGCUCCUCCCGCUUAUCUCUGCCCUGUCUGGGCCUGGUGGAUGGGACUUAACAUGUCACUGCAGUUAAACUGCUUGUAGAAGAGAAUAUCUUUAAGGCUAGGCUUUAAAGAAGCGUUUAAAAUGCACAUAUAUUUGGGAUGAGGAAAUCUUGAGCUGCCUCUUCAGAUCUUUAUUUUCAGAACACACACACACACACCCAUUUAAACAGUACACUUUUAGGUACAAGCAGAGAGCAAGCUAGCCCAGUGUAGAUGAGUAACUGCAGGCGGAAAGCUGAACUCCAAACUGCAAGGUAACAAACGUUUUGAAAACACAACACAGCCUGUGUGGGGUAGCACCAGACCACGCCUGGUUGCCCUUUUCUCUUUACACAGCUAAAGAAGAAAAAAGAUAAAAGGAGUCCUGAUCUGGUUUGUCCUCUUUCCUUAGUCUGCUGCAGUAAGUUAUGUUUUACAAUAAGGGAAAAUGGCACAUAAGAUUGGGACAGCAACAGCUAGCACAGAGGGGAGGCACAUGCAGGGAGGAGCGAAAGAAGCAGCAGCCCUUCUUGCCCUAAAGAUUAUCACUCGAAAAUCAGAAUUGCUGAGCAAGCUAGAACCAGGAGCAGUAUGGUUGCAAGCUUGUGCCAAGAUGCAGUUUUAAAAAAUACAUAAUGGCUUUGAGCACUUAUAAACUGCAAAGACUACAUAAAAGAAAUUCAAGCUUUUGAGGGGAAAAAAGACAAAACGAUCAUAGAGCUCAGAAGUUAAACUGGUGUUAGAGUAUAGACCGAUGAGUUUAGUGUCCAGUUCGCGUGGUGCUUCUUCUUUUGCUGACCUUUUUAUGAAACAUUGCGAGCCUGUAUGUGUUCAGUAUACCUGUAAUGUGCAGUUAGUGUUGGUGAAAAUGAGUCCUUUAAAAAAAUUCUAAGGAAGCCAUGGACCCUUAACAGGGUUUUCUGAGGGGAAAAAUAGCCACUUUUUAAAAAUACAACUGUCUUAAUUGUCGGUGUGACAAAAUAGGAUUGCACAAUAUGCUAGUUUGACAUUACCCUUACCCCAUGUCUUGAUUUGUAUAUAUUGUGCAAAAAGUGAAUGUUGCCGGCUUAGCUUCAUCAUCCAGUGCUAGUGGCAGAAGUACAGGAAUGCUUCUCACACCAACUCUUUUGUGAGUUGGGAUUAUAAGAAAAGGGAGCGUGUCCAUUUGCUUAAGCACAGACAGCUUUAAAUGAGGCUGGCUGUACUUAAGGUCAAAUUUCGAGCGGUGGGCAGGGGCAGAGGUGCAUGGAGCACGAUCUUGGUAACCAGUGCGAUAAUCCUGGGUAGAGGGUGGUAUUUUAGGACAUUAACCCUAUUCUGCUGCCUCACUGGGCUGGUUCAUUGGCUGUGCCACACGUGUUCAUAUUGUGCUUUUCCUAAGCAGAGCCCCACCACAGCGCCUGAACACAGAGAAGCUUCUUUAAGAAGGCCGGCAGCAGAAUGCCAUUGGUGGGUGCAGGGCUCUUACUCAUGUGUAAUGGAAGACUUUUUUUCAUUGUGCUGUAUAACUAACAGGAAUGUGGUUAAAUAUUCAGCCAAAGGCUGCUCACUUUUCUUGUAGAACUGGCUGUUUUAAGAUUUGCAGUGAUUGUUCAAUAAAAUCCUAGAUUUUGUACA